AUGUUGUCUAGUGAGUACAGUCUGGAGUGUGGAGUGAGACAGGGUGGAAUUACGUCACCUAAGCUGUUUAACCUGUACGUCGACGAGCUGAUAGGCGGGCUCAGUGGCAUGCAUGCGGGGUGUUAUGUUGGUAGCACAUGCAUUAACAACAUAAGCUAUGCCGAUGACAUGGUGCUGCUUAGCCCGUCGGUCGGUGCGUUGGUGCAGUUACUUGAGACCUGUGAGGAGUAUGCCACGGCCCACGGACUUGUGUACAACCCCAAAAAAAGCGAGGUGAUCAUUUUUAAAGCGGGUAAUAUUAAGCCAUAUUAUGUGCCACCCAUAUUGUUACAUGGUACUCCUUUAAAGGUUGUGGAAAGCGUGAAGUACUUGGGGCACAUCCUCUCGAGCGAUAUGAAUGAUGAUUUGGACAUUGAUAGGGAGCGUAGGGCGUUGUCGGUUCGGAGUAAUAUGCUUGCCCGCAGGUUUGCUCGAUGUUCAUAUGAUGUAAAAGUCACUUUAUUCAAAGCAUACAGCCAAUCCUUUUUUUCGAGCAGCCUGUGGGUUAGGUAUACGAAACGGGCCUACAGUGCUCUACGUGUACAGUACAAUAACGCGUUUAGGAUGCUGUUGGGACUGCCAAGUAGGUGUAGCGCGUCGGGCAUGUUUGCGGAAGCUCGUACGGACGGCUUCCAAGCCGUCAUGCGAAAGAGGAUUGUCGCCCUGUGGAGUCGCAUCCGGAAAAGUACCAACAGCAUUCUGAACGCUAUCGCUUGGAGGUUUGACUGUCCAAUUGCAGAAUAUUGGAUGAGUCAAACAAAAGGUGUGGCCCAAUGGGAGCUGUAG